CAAUUUGUAUUCCUCCGUAGAGCCACAGCCUGGGCUGCGUUGUUGCAGUCGGAGAAGACGCCACAUCCCAAUCAACCUCGCCGGGAAUAAAUAAAAUAAAAAUAAAAUAAAAUAAAAAGCGUUAGCCUCUUCCACUUUAUCGCCUUUCUUUAAUUCUUCCAAAUCUGCGAAUUCAGGCACACAAUAAUCCAAUUCCCCUUUCAUCCGCAAUUCAUCGAUUCCACGAAACAAAUCCCUAACCGACUCGAUCUACUUUGAGGUCGAACACGAAACCGGCGUAAUGGCGGCGCCGAACAUGGAUCAGUUCGAAGCGUAUUUCAGGAGAGCAGAUUUGGACGGAGAUGGCAGAAUCAGUGGAGCCGAAGCUGUCUCUUUCUUUCUGGGAUCCAAUUUGCCCAAACCAGUCCUCGCUCAGGUAUGGGCGUAUGCUGAUCAGGCUAAAACUGGUUUCCUUGGGCGCGCGGAGUUUUUUAACGCUCUGAGGUUAGUAACUGUGGCUCAGAGUAAGCGAGAUUUAACGCCUGAUAUUGUGAAGGCAGCGUUGUUUGGUCCUGCUGCUGCUAAAAUCCCUGCACCGCAGAUUAAUCUUGCUGCGAUUCCUCAACCGCAGCAAAAUCCGAGGCCCGGUGCUGGUUCUGUUGGGCAGAUGGGUGUUACUGCACCACCCACGUCAGCUCAGAGUUUUGCCUAUAGAGGACAAGGGUUGGCAGGUCCUGUUGCAAACCCACAAUAUUAUCCUUCGCAGCAGAAUCCUGCCCUGAGACCUCCUCAAUCCAUGCCUGCUAGUGGCGGUCCGCAUCCACAACAGGGUGUUGCAGGUUCACGUCCGCAACAAAGUAUUCCAGGUCUGCUACCACAACAAGGUGUUCCAGGUCUGCAACCACAACAGGGUGUUCCAGGUCCACGUCCACGUCCACAACAGGGUGUUGCAGGUCCGGAUAUCACUAGAGGAGUUAACAUGGGUGGUCACAAUUUCUCAAAUCCUGGGGGCUCGAAUGAUUGGAGUGGAAGGCCUGGUACGGUUGCUACCAGACCUGCAGGAAUCACUCCGUCAGCUGCCUUACCAUCCUCAACAUCGCCGGUCUCGCCAAUGCCCCAGCCAACAACUGUUAACACUAGAGCAUUAGGUGUUUCUGGAAAUGGUUUCUCUUCCAAUUCAGUUUUGGGCAAUGAUUUCUUGUCUGCUGCCUCAUCCACACCGAAACAAGAACCUGCUGGACAGGGUUAUUCUGUUAGCAAUGUCUCAUCAGCAAUUGUUCCUGUUUCCACUGGUGCCCAACCUGCAAGUAGGCAAAAUUCACUUGAUUCAUUGCAGAGUGCAUUCUCGUCAAUGCUGCCUGCAAAUAGUCAGUUACAGCGGGCACAGUCUCCAUCAAACAGAAGCCAGCAAAUCUCACCACCGGCUUCUUCUCCGCAUACCCCAUCUGGAAUGACAGUUGGAUUUGGGAAUGCAAAUUCAGACAAUUCACAGAAUUCUUGGCCAAAAAUGAAACCUUCUGAUGUGCAGAAGUAUACAAAGGUGUUUAUGGAAGUCGACACUGACAGGGAUGGGAAAAUCACUGGGGAGCAGGCACGCAGUCUAUUUUUAAGCUGGAGAUUGCCAAUAGAUGUCUUAAAGAAGGUGUGGGACUUGUCUGAUCAGGACAAUGAUAGCAUGCUUUCUUUGAAGGAGUUCUGCUUUGCUCUUUAUUUGAUGGAACGGUUCAGGGAAGGUCGCCCUCUUCCACAGUCUCUUCCAAGCAAUGUUAUGUUUGACGAGACACUGAUGUCUAUGACAGGCCAACCAAAAAUUGCUUAUGGAAAUGCAGCCUGGGGUACUGGCCAAGGUUUUCAGCAGCAACAAGGGAUGCCAGGUGCUCGGCAAGUUGCACCAACAGCUGGUUUGAGGCCACCUGUGCAUGGAAGUUCUGCCCGGGCUGAUGGCAUAACUCAGUCCAAUCAGCAAAAGUCAGGAACACCUGUGUUGGAAGAUUCCUUUUUGAACCGCACAGAUAAUGGUGAGCAAAAUAUAUUGAACUCAGAUCCUCAAGGGGAUAUGACCGCAGAGAAAAAGUCUGAAGAAACUCAGAAUGUGAUUUUGGAUUCAAAAGAGAAGAUCGAGUUUUACCGCAACAAAAUGCAGGAACUGGUUCUGUAUAAAAGCAGAUGUGAUAAUCGACUAAAUGAGAUUACAGAAAGGGCAUCAGCAGAUAAGCGUGAAGCAGAAUCAUUGGGCAAGAAAUAUGAAGAGAAAUACAAACAAGUAGCAGAAAUAGCAUCGAAAUUGACUGUAGAAGAAGCUAAGUUUCGUGAUAUACAGGAAAGGAAGGUGGAGUUGCAGCAAGCCAUUGUCAAAAUGGUACAAGGAGGCAGUGCAGAUGGUAUUCUUCAGGUCCGUGCUGAACGCAUACAGUCAGAUCUUGAGGAGUUAUUUAAGGCUCUAGCUGAACGUUGCAAGAAACAUGGGAUAGAUGUGAAGUCAAUUACAAUGGUUCAGCUUCCUGCUGGUUGGCAACCUGGAAUUCCAGAGGAAUCAGCUCUUUGGGAUGAAGAUUGGGAUAAGUUUGAGGAUGAAGGAUUUGCUAAUGAUCUCACUUUUGAUACAAAGAAUGCAUCUUCAAAACCAAAACCUGCAUUAAUUCACGGAGAGCAAAAUUUUGCUGAUGAUAAUUCUGUACUUGGUUCACCUGUGAACGCAAAUGGGAAGCAAGAACAUUCUGUUAAUGGUGAUUAUACAGUUGAGGAUGAAUCCUAUGCACACAGUGAAGAUGAGUUGGCAAGAAGCCCCCAUGAUAGUCUAGCUAGGAGGAGCACAGUGGGGAGUCCUUCUCAAGACUUUUCAAAUGAUCAUUUUAAAGGUUCUGAAGCAGAUGCAGAAACACAUAGAAGUUUCGAUGAAUCAACCUGGGGGGCAUUUGACAACGAUGAUGUCGACUCUGUGUGGGGUUUUAACACUAAGCCCAAGGAAUCUGACUUCGAGCAGAGAGAUUUCUUUAAAUCUGAUGAUUUUGGUCUAAACCCAGUUAGAACAGGAUCUACACAUACAGAUGGCAUGUUCCAGACAAAAAGCCCAUUUACUUUUGAUGAUUCAGUGCCUGCAACUCCAGUUUCCAAGUUCGAAAACUCUCCGAGGUACAGUGAGGCAGGGGAUCACUUCUAUGACAUGUCAAGGUUUGAUUCCUUUAGGCAUGAAGGUGGGUAUUCUCCACAACCAGAGGGGCUCACGAGAUUUGAUUCCAUAAGUAGCAGCAAGGAUUUUGGCUUCGGUAACGACAAAUUCACAAGGUUUGAUUCAAUGAGUAGCAGCAAGGAUUUUGGCUUCGGUAACGACAAAUUCACAAGGUUUGAUUCCAUGAGUAGCAGUAACGAUUUCGGCUUUGGUCAUCAGGGGCAUGCAAGGUUUGACUCAAUCAGUAGCACCAAGGACUUCGGUCACAGUGGUCCAUUCUCUUUCGAUGACUCUGAUCCCUUCGGCUCCUCUGGCCCUUUUAAGGUCUCUUCAGAAAAUCAUUCUCCGAAGAAAGGCUCAGAUAGCUGGAGUGCAUUCUAGCCUGCAAUCCAACUCGUCCCGGUUUUUCUUUCUUGUUUCCAUUUCCUUGAUUGUUCAUCAUAGCAUAUUAUUUUUUGUGUAUAGCUAGAAGAAAAGCUAUUGUAUGGUGUGACCAAUGUAUCAGUUUCAAGAGAGCUUUUUCUAUAUAUUUUUUUUUGGUAAUGCCCGGAUGUGUGUGAAUGAUGGAUAGAUAAAAUUAAAUGUCUUGACGUGUAAUAUGUACUACUAAGUUUAAUGGCAAGUGCAUGGAAUUUUUUCUUUCUUUC